GUUCAAGUCUAAACCAAUUAUAAUAAAAAGACCUCUAUUUUCUUCCAUAUAAUUUUGUGAGUUCAUCUUCUUAAUUCAAACGGUCUCUUUCUAUUAAUAUUCAAGAGUGACUUCUGGGUUCUUGAUUUCUUAGAUGUGGAACAAGAGAGAGAAAAUUAGAGUGCAUGUUGUGAUCAGAUACAGCAAGACAAAUGAGAGAAAUGGCACAGAAUGUCAAGUUAUAUAUAUCAUAUGUAUACGAUAGAAGAUGAUCUUUACGUUAUGUGGAAAGAUAUGAUUGGGGGCACGUGAUUCUGUGGGGACCGCAGUGCAUGGAGUCAAGGUAAGAGUCCGGAAGUUUAAACAAGUAAAUAUUAGUGAUGGAGAAAAUGGGGCAGGGGACGGAGGCAAUCCAACAAAAGCAUAUCUUUCAUAUUAGAAAGUGAGAGAUGGAAUCAACAGGACUUCUCAUCCAUUACCCCCCCUUGGCUGGGCCCCAUGUGCACUAAGAAACGAGAAAUCCAUCGGUGGGGAAAAGUAGCCAAUCAGAAGCCAAGGAUUUGGAUCAACUUUUUAAGCUCGCCCAAUUAGAAAAUAGAUAAGGCAUUGGUGUGGGCCCAAAAGUACAAUCCUCUCUCUCUCUCUCUCUCUCUCUCUCUCUCUCUCUCUCUCUCCCAAAAGUGCAAAUCCAAGAGCUGUCUUCGCUGUUAUAUGGCCUGUAAAAGCGCAGGAUGUGGGACACUCACCGCUUCCUCUAGCGCUUUACCUAAAUAAAGAGCACAAUUCAACAAACAGUUGCUGUGCACUCUUUGGAUUUGAUCUAUCUUUCUCUUCUUUGAUUUUACUUCACUCUUUCAACUUUUCAAAACUUUGUUGUGAUUUGAUUUUCCUCGAUGAGCUCCAACAAGAAAGUGGCAAACGCUGUCGGUGCCAAAACGGCAAGAGCGUGCGACAGCUGCAUAAGAAAGAGAGCUCGCUGGUACUGUGCUGCAGACGAUGCUUUUCUCUGCCAAGCCUGUGACUCCUCCGUACACUCCGCCAACCAGUUAGCUCGCAGACACGAAAGGGUUCUCUUGAAAACGGCGUCGUCGGUCAAACCCACCGAUAAGGAUGAUCAAGUUUCUGUUUCGGACAACCCAGCAGCACCGUCGUGGCACGGUGGCUUCAGGCGGAAGGCCCGGACUCCGAGGCAGGGGAAGCACAAAUCCCAAGAAGGUGCCCGAAACCGGUUUCCUCAGGUGCCGGAAGUUGGGGCAGACGAUAGCAACUCAUAUGACGGGGAAAACGAAGAAGAUCAGCAGCAGCUUCUUUAUAGGGUUCCCGUAUUCGAUCCCUUUGUUGCGGAGAUGUGUACUGCUACCACGUCUGCUAAUUCCAAUGAAGAAGCAGUUGCUAAUACUUGUGAUGUUUCUAAAGUGAGCUCAUCAUCACCUAAUUAUAAUCAUAACGGUCAUGAUGGGUUUCUGCUUCCCAGUGACAUGGAUCUUGCUGAGUUCGCGGCAGACGUGGAUAGUAUGUUGGGCAGGGGGCUCGAAGAUGACGAGUGUUUUGGGAUGGAAGGAUUGGGGUUAAUGGAUUCUAAAGAAAAUGAAUCGAAUUGUAGAGUAAAGCUUGAAGAGGAGGAGGAGGAGGAGGGGGGCACGGGAGGUGUCAAUUUUAUGGGGUGUGAAUUAGGUGAGACGCCGGAGAUUGAUAUGAUGAGAGAGCCGUUUGUGUUGAACUUUGAAGACUAUGAUGACUCGCCGCAGUCGUGCGGCGAACAGGAUGACAAACUGGGAGUGGGAAUGAUGGAUACUACGUACAGUGGAGAUCAUCAACAACAUGAGGAGGUGCAUACGGGUGCAAGUAAAAGCGGCAAGAAGAAGGAGAUAUUUUUGAGGCUGGACUACGAGGCAGUGAUUACAGCCUGGGAUGGCUCUCCUUGGACCUCCGGUGGUCGCCCCGAUUUCAGCUCCGAAUGCUUGCCUGACUGCAUGGGUGUAUGUGGAACUGAACUUCAUUACCCGUACGGAGAUCUGAACGGGCUAGGGGUGCACCCGGCAAUGGCGGACGGAGGGAGAGAGGCGAGGGUGUCAAGGUACAGAGAAAAGAGGAGGACGAGGCUGUUCUCCAAGAAAAUAAGGUACGAAGUGCGGAAGCUGAAUGCUGAGAAGAGGCCAAGAAUGAAAGGGAGGUUUGUGAAGAGAGCAUCCUUUGCAGGAUCUGCUUUUCCUGUGCUUACCAAAUGAUAUCCUUAAGUUAUGAGUAGCAAGAAUGAAAGGGAGGUUUACUUACACGCAGUAAGUGAAGUAAUUGAGUUUGUGUGUAUAAUUAUAUAUAUGCACAUCUAUUAAUAAACAUACUCAUCCAAAGCUUAAAGGCUAGCUCGUGGUCUACUUAUUUUAAAUGUAGCCUCCGCUUGUUUCGUUGUAAUUAUCAAAUUUUGUACCUCAUUUUUUGUUCAACUCAGAAACUAGGGUUGAGUUAAGUCA